UCAAAUAAUGUCAUGUCAUUCAGAAUAAUUUCUAUGAUUUAAUCAAAUUCACUUUUAAUAAAUAUAAUCAAUAUAAUGAAUGAUUACUAUACUAUAAAUGGUUAUAUAAUCUAUGAUAUUAUGUAAUUUAUAGGAACAAAUUAUGAGAAAUAGUUACCAGUCAUAUAGUUUUCUUUUUGUUAUCUUUUCAUUAUUGAUUUUCACUACGACUGAUACUAAACAGAAUCUAACACAAAAAUUAGAAACAAUACAUCGUCUACAUACAUAUUAUAGAAAUUCUCUAUUACUUUGUAAACUUCCAUCACAACCUCCAGCUUAUGAUAUGGAAGUAUUGGAUUCCAAGUUAGCGCUUGCCACAUACAAUCGUUGGAAUAAUACACUAGCGAGAAAUGCUCAACAAGUGGCAAAUAAAUGUGAUUUAAGUCUUGAUUUAGUCAACGACAAACUAUUGGAACACUUUGAAUCUGUAGGACAAAAUGUAGCUGAAACGGAUACAAUCAAAAAUGCAAUGGAAAAUUGGUUUCGAGAAUCUCAUAAUUAUAAUUAUGAAACAGAUAAAUGUAAUGGAAGUUGUUCAAACUAUAGACAAAUGGUUUGGGCUAAAACUCAACAUAUUGGUUGUGGUCUUAAUAAAUGCAAAAAAAAAUUAAUGGUUGUCUGCAAUUAUUCUCCAUCGUAA